UUCAAGAGGGCGCUAAAGAUAACAUUUCAUUAUACUCUCCCAACUCAAUAUAUUUCAAUUGGCUUGAACACAAACUAAGAACAGAGCAUCUCAAGCACUCUGGGUAACGGUUUAAACGAAGGGAAAUUAAACAUUUUCGAGGUUCGGUUUGUCAUGCGCACAAUGAGUAUGUGGUUAGUACCAUAAGAUGAGAACGAAGUGCUGUUUAAAGUGACUCUACGUAAUCCAGCAUACUUUAAAAUAUGCUAUAAGUUUAAUUGAAACAAAAAUCGAUAUAUUUGUUUAACAUAAAAAAAAACGUUAAAUGAUUUGCAAUAAAAUAUAGUGAUCUAUUACAAGAGAAUAUCAAAACUAGUGAUUAAGACAUUUUUAUACAAACAUAACUAAUUGUUAAACAAACUGGCAUUCUUGAUAGAAUUGAAUAUUUUAUUACGAUGUUUAACAUUUUCAUAAGCUCGAAAAACCCAAUAAUAAAGCCAUCGCCAUUGCAGUAUCACAAUAUACAUCCAGUCAUCUUCAUGUUACUGAUAAUACCACUUGUCUCAGCCAGAAACUGUCUGAGUUUUCAAUUUCCCUGUGAUGCUGGGAAGUCCUAUGUCCAGCACUCCUUCAAUAGUUAUUGUCUCUGCAAUAUCAAUUUUUACUGUAAUAAAUAUGACCGUUGUGACUCACUUGAAAGCCUCACCUUAACAGAUAUAAGGCUCACAAGAGUAACAAGUAAUAGUGUACAGUUUUCCUGGUCAGACAGAAUGGCCACACAACAGACCGCCAUGUACCUUGUAAAAUAUAUAGAUGAAGUGGUUCAGGGCAAUGCCGUCGGAAUAACAAUUUCCAGAUUGCAGCCGAAUACGAAAUAUGAUUUCUAUAUCUUUGUGAAGCUACCCAGAGAAUAUAAUUACUAUGAGGAGAAGUAUGGACCUAACACUUUAUUUACUGUACAAACCCUUCCAGAAGUGAGUACUGUGGCAACGACUUCGUCCCAUAGGCCUAAUACUUCCAUUGCAAUUAAUACGACAACAGCAAGUCUUGGAACUAUGGCCAUAGAGACUACUUCAGAUUCAAUCAGCUUUAACAUAUUUCUGCCAGUCACACUCUCCCUAUGUCUGCUGCUAACUGCCGCCAUAAUCAUUAUCACUUUGAUGGGCAGACGAUUGAAAAGCCAAAAACGUGCCACAGACAAUUCGUAUGAUACAAGAACUAAAGGUGACCAGGACACUCACCAACAUUGUGUUGCAACAAAUCAGGGCAUUUACGAAGAAGUGACCAACCUAGCUUUGAAUCAUUACACUAAUUGUUGACUUUCUGCAUUGAGUUCAAGAAAUUUUAUUUUCUUUGUAUUCCAAGUGUUCUUGUUUUUUUUUUUUUU